AGUACCGGUAGGCAAUAGUGAAUGUAUCAUAGCAUACGGAACGGGCAGUGCGCAGGAGCGGUGAAGUGGAAAAUCGAGGGGAAAGAACGAAGCAGCCGCUGUCGGAUUCCUAUUGCACGCGUCCAUAAGAACACCAGUAAAAUUCCACCAGAAGAGGAAAAGGGGGACAGGAAAGACAGCUUGCAGGCAUCAUCGUUAAGAGGGAACCACAUAAGUAUGACCGGACAGUAAAUUGUUCCACGAAUCCAUUAUUUCCCAUCAUAUUCCACUGUCAUAGAUCUGAAUGCAGAUCCUAUGUGCGCACGCAGGAGCACAAAGCGGAGGUUUGGGAACCAAAUUGUGUCCAACGCCAACACUGACAUCGGAUGUGCAGUAUGUAUGGAGCGGUUUCAUCUUGACCACGGCUUAUAAUCACAGUAACCAACGAUUCAUUAUUUACCUACAACAUCUUAAUUGCUUGAUGGGGCGUGGAAACAAUUUCAACUUUUAACCCAAGGUGUAGACUUCACAGAUGAGGACAGUGUCGAGCCAACCUGCAUUGAUUGCUCUAGCCUGGGAGGGCGAUGAUCAGCAGCGACGCACCAAAUAAUAAACUGUUCAAAACCUGAACUGCGACGGACGCGUUUGGUUAGAAGAUGAUCCUGUGCGUAAUUGUUUUUUAGCAGACUGCUUUUCGGAUGAAGAUCUGUUUGUAGUGAUUGAAGUGACAUUAUUCCUCUCUAUUUUCAUGGAUUUGAAGUGGUAACAGUAUGUGGAGAGAGGGGACAAUGCAUGAUUAGUUCGUUACAGAACGCACUUUCCACGCCUUAUUUCCACUUCCGAGAUAUUGCCCACAACAUAAGGCCAAUUACUGCAACUACAACGAAGUCCUGUACAGAAAUAGAUUUUAUAUUGAACCCUUCAGAUUAUUUCUCUCGCGGCUGUCAUCGUAGUAUGUCUGCACUUCGAAAGAAAUUUGGGGACGAUUAUCAGGUAGUGACCACCUCAUCCAGUGGGUCUGGAUUCAACCAGCCGGCACCAGAGAAGAAGAAGAAGAGGCAACGCUUUGUGGACAAGAACGGGCGAUGUAACGUCCAGCAUGGAAACCUGGGUGGUGAAACCAGUAGAUACCUUUCCGAUUUAUUCACUACGCUGGUCGAUUUGAAAUGGCGCUGGAAUUUAUUUAUCUUCAUCCUAACAUACACGGUGGCAUGGCUCUUCAUGGCAUUCAUGUGGUGGAUCAUAGCCUACAUCAGAGGAGACCUCCAUCGAACCCACGAUGACAAGUAUACGCCAUGCGUCGCCAAUGUCUACAACUUUCCCUCCGCGUUUUUAUUCUUCAUAGAAACGGAAGCCACGAUAGGAUAUGGCUAUAGGUAUAUCACGGACAAAUGUCCCGAGGGGAUCAUUCUCUUUCUUUUCCAGUCAAUCCUGGGAUCAAUCGUUGAUGCUUUUUUGAUUGGCUGCAUGUUCAUUAAGAUGUCCCAGCCCAAAAAAAGGGCAGAGACCUUGAUGUUUAGUGAACAUGCAGCUAUUUCGAUGCGAGAUGGAAAACUAACUCUCAUGUUCAGAGUCGGCAACCUGCGUAAUAGCCAUAUGGUCUCCGCACAGAUCCGCUGCAAAUUGCUGAAAUCUCGUCAGACGCCCGAAGGUGAGUUUCUUCCACUGGAUCAGUUGGAAUUGGACGUGGGCUUCAGUACCGGGGCGGAUCAGCUCUUCCUGGUCUCACCACUCACAAUCUGCCAUGUGAUUGACACUAAAAGUCCAUUCUACGAACUCUCCCAGAGAUCCAUGCAAACAGAGCAGUUUGAAAUUGUGGUCAUAUUGGAAGGAAUAGUGGAAACCACUGGGAUGACUUGCCAAGCGAGGACUUCUUACACUGAGGAUGAGGUUCUAUGGGGACAUCGUUUCUUCCCAGUCAUCUCCCUGGAGGAGGGGUUCUUCAAGGUGGACUACUCCCAGUUCCACGCCACGUUUGAGGUCAACACUCCCCCGUACAGCGUGAAGGAGCAGGAGGAAAACCUGCUCAUAUCCUCUCCUCUCAUGGCCCCGUCCCUGUGCAACAGCGGCGAGGGGGGGGGGAACAGCUCCAUGGACUGCCUGGAGACCCUGGAGGACAAGGAGAGCACCACCACCAAGCUGCCGUCCAAGCUGCAGAAGAUGCAAGGGGGCGGCUGCGGACGGGACGGGCUGCCCAUGCCUAGGAAGCUGCUGAGGAUGAGCUCCACCACAUCGGAGAUGAUCUACCCCGGGAGCAUGGGGGAGCUGCCCAUGAAGCUGCAGCGCAUCAGCUCCGUCCCCGGCGUCUCCGAUGAGAAACAGGUGAACAGGAUGGCCUCCAAGAUCAGCUCCGAUCACAUCAGCCAAUCCGUGGCAGACUUGCCCCCCAAGCUGCUAAGGAUGCAGGGGGGAGGGGGAGUAGGGGGCCGAAUGGACGGACACCUGCCCCCGAAACUCAGAAAGAUGAAUUCCGACCGCUUCACGUAGAAUGGGCAACCAGUUUUAACUUAUUACACCCCAGCCCUUUAUUAUUUCUAAUUUAUUAAAGGACAUGAUUCUUAUAUUCAAGAAAAUGUAGUAUAUAAAUACGUACAGAUAAAGUAUACCUUGAUAGAACACCGCAGAUUUGUUCCUGGAUAUAAGUAUACAUGCUAUGAUGAAAGACAAUGUAUGAUAAGCACAAUCUGGCACGUACGUUACACUAAGUGCAUGUAAAACAUAGUUUCUUUCAUUUCUGGCAUGACAUUUAUAGAUAUAUUAUUUUACAGAGAUGAUUUGAGCAGGGAUAUUACUUCCAAUGGAUCUGAACAGUUGCACAAAGCCAUAUGGUUUACAAAAUGGAAAACCUACACAACAUGGGACUAAUUUGCGGUGAAGAAGGGUACAUACAUUCGAUUUGAGUUGGCUGCUUUUGUUGUUUAAUGUAAAAUUGUGUGGCAAUGUUCUGUUAAAAUGCAUGCUACUUUUAUUACUUAGCUAUACAAAGGUAAUAGACACAGAUGUUUAGCCUUAACUAUAUUACCUUGUUUCCAUUUCCACGAUUGUUCACAGCUGUAUUUUUGGUAUUUUCAUGUAUAGGAUGAUAUUUUACCAUGUGCAAUUUUAAGAACUUCUUAGUUCAGCAAGCGUACUGUAUGUUGCUGGAUGAUGCAAUCUUUAUUUGAAAAUGCAUGAUCCAUAUCAUAUGUUUUAUUGGAACUGGGCACAAUCUUAUUAAGCAACCUGAACUCACUUUUCAAGGUAACACUUAUGUUGAAAGGGCCAGUACUAUCAAUCAAAUUCAAUCAAAUGUAUUUAUAAAGCCCUUCUUACAUCAGCUGAUGUCACAAAGUGCUGUACAGAAACUACAGCCUUAUAAGCACAACACAGUACACUCUUUAUGGCAGUAAGCAUUUAUGGCUUUUCAACAUAAAUGUCCUGAACAGUACUGUAAAUUACUCUUUUACAUGGAAGGAAAACAACUAAAUCCAUGGUCACGCAUGCCUUAUUGAACAGUACUGUAGUUUGGAAGUUCAAAUGAUUAUUCAUUCUACAUUUAAUUUAACGAACAUGUGCACCAAAAUUUCAACUUAAGUGUUACUGCAGAAAUAUAGAUUUAGAGGUGGACCUACAGCAUAUUUAGGAAAAAGUCACCACCUUUUGUCUUAAGAGUCCAUAUGCUCCCUGUUUAACUAAAGCAAUAAUGUUAUAAGGACUAUACUCUUUAUAUAGCCACAGGGUCUGCAGCAGCCCAAUAACCAUUAUAUUUACUGAAUCCAUGGAAUCUGGUUCAACUAAAAGCGCCAAUGAUAUUGUAUGAUCCUCAAACUCUUCAGGAAUAAAGAUCUAAGAUCAA